AUACGGUUUUUGACCCAAGUACUUCGACUUGCGUGCCGUUAGAAUCGGUGUCAUGCACGCCUGGGCCGAAGACGACGACCACUACACCACUACACCAAUCACAACCACCACUACGACCCUAAUCACUUCCACAUCCCCUAUCCCUACAAGUAUCCAACCGCCACGAGAGCUCUUACCACGCCCGCUGUUGCUACUGUAACGGUUCCUUGACUUUAGUUUUCCGACGCCAAUCGUUAAUUUGCGAUUUCUUACAACUGUACUUCUUUUUACAAAUGCACGAACCGUUCAAGUAACUUCCAUUUAUGCAACUAAUCCAAAUUGUAGCAUUCAUUUCCCUACGUAUGUAUAGAUUACGGAUUGUCAUCCUCCCACAUUCAUCAUGCGGAAACGAAUGUGAUUGAAAUUGAUUAUUUUAAUUUGUAUUUUAGUCUUUCGCGGUCCUGACCAGCGACCUACCCAUUUUUUUUUUGUUUUUUGCCAAUGGAGACAGGGCCAUUUAACACAGAAGAUAGUUUAAGUAUGCUUCCGCACUACCUGUAGUAAAGAGAGCAAACAACAUGUUACAUAAAGGAAUGAGCUGCUGAGAUUGACGGGAUACCAGCUGAACAGUUUUUUAUUGCUUACAGUAAGAUCAAUCGCUAACUGGUGUUCGCACGGUGUACGUGUUGCUUCACGCCUGCUCGUCGCCAUCUGUUCUAUAAGAAAAAGAUGAUGGAGCGGUGGAUGCAGUUCUUAUUGGUUUUUCUUGUCGUCCAAGGCUAUUCGUGCAGAGUCUGGAACGGAGUACCAAAAGUUUUUGAUGAACCUAGUUGCCCGGAAGAAGACGGCUUCUUCACAGUGAAUAAUCAGUGCACAAGUGAGUACCACUACUGCCAAGGCGGAGUUUUCUUGUACGAACAGCAAUGCCCGGAACCAGACGUUUUUGAUCCAUUUUUGAAAACCUGCGUCAACUCAGCGUCUUGUUUCGAUUGUCCUCCUGAAGAUGGAAUACAUCCUGUCCCCCAAAGCUGCACAGACGAAUAUUAUCAAUGUACCAGUGGAGUGGUGGAAAAGUUGACCUGUCCUGUCGGUAAUAUUUUUGAUCCAGUGACGUAUGAGUGUACUCCGGCGGACCAAGUUUCAUGUGGUAAAUAACUUUUCGACUUCAAUUCAUCAAAGCCUGUAGAUCUUUGUAACAUUUUGCU